UCAAACCUGUGCAAAAAGACGUAUCCUUACAACAUCUACGGAAUGCUCAAACCAUGGAAUGUUGGCACCCGAUUACUACAGCUAACACACCUUUUUUUAACAAAAAAAAGACAGAUGGGACACACUGCACUAGACUAGCGGGUUUGUUGCAAUCGUCUCAAAUUGCACCGGAGCUCGCUUUUUGAAAUGAUUUGGAAUUCUCCAGUGAAAGCGUUUGCGCCAGCGACUAUACGUGACGUCAAAACCACUAUGGCGUUCGAGGUGCAAUCCACCAAACGAGCGGACCCGAACGAGCUGAAUGUUAUUUUUCAGAAGCAUGCCAGUGUUGUGGAUGCAGAUGGCGAGAAGUUGAUGACCCCAGGGGACUUUGUGCAGAAGUACCUGGGCCUGCACACACAGAUCCACCACAACCCCAAAACUGUCCAGCUCAUCGCCGGUGUAGCCGACACAACCAAGGACGGACUGAUCUCAUUCCAGGAGUUCUUGGCAUUUGAGUCAGCGCUGUGUGUUCCAGACGCUCUCUUUAUCGUAGUCUUCCAGUUGUUUAACAAGACCGGCACUGGAGACAUAUCCUUUGAGAAUGUGCGGGACAUCUUCAGCCAGACCACUGUGCACCACCACAUCCCCUUUAACUGGGACUGUGAGUUCAUCUGCCUGCACUUUGGACACGACCGCAAGAAAUGCCUCGGCUACCUCGAGUUCACCCAGUUUCUACAGGAGUUGCAGUUGGAGCAUGCGCGCCAGGCCUUUGCCCAGAAGGACAAGAACAAGAGCGGCACCAUCUCUGCCAUGGACUUCAGUGACAUCAUGGCCACAAUCCGACACCACAUGCUUACAGUGUUUGUGGAGGAAAACCUGGUUUCGGCUGCGGGGGGCAGCACCUCUCACAUGGUCAGCUUCUCCUACUUCAACGCCUUCAACGCUCUGCUCAACAACAUGGAGCUGAUCCGCAAGAUCUAUAGCACGCUGGCCGGGACCCGCAAGGACACACAGGUCACUCAAGAGGAGUUUGCCCAUGCUGCAAACAAGUUUGGCCAGGUCUCUCCCAUGGAGAUUGACAUCCUGUACCAGCUUUCAGGCCUACACUCCCACUCUGGGCGCCUGAACUUUGCUGACAUUGAGAGGAUAGCCCCGCUGGAGGAGGGAGCGCUGCCCUAUCACCUGGCCGAGUUACAGAAACGGCAGAGCCAGGGUGAUGGUUCUAGGUCCGUACUGCUGCAGGCCGCAGAGUCGGCCUACCGGUUCAGCUUGGGCUCCAUUGCUGGAGCUAUGGGAGCUACGGCAGUGUAUCCGAUAGACUUGGUGAAGACCAGGAUGCAGAACCAGAGGAGUACAGGCUCGUUCUUAGGAGAACUGAUGUACAAGAACAGUUUUGACUGUGCCAAGAAGGUGCUGCGCUAUGAAGGCUUCUUUGGAUUCUACAGAGGUCUUCUUCCCCAGCUCAUAGGCGUGGCUCCAGAGAAGGCAAUCAAACUGACGAUGAAUGACUUUGUGAGAGAUAAGUUCACUGGUAAAGACGACACCAUUCCCUUCGCUGCUGAGGUGCUGGCCGGAGCCUGUGCAGGGGGUUCCCAAGUGGUCUUUACGAACCCGCUGGAGAUUGUCAAGAUCAGACUGCAGGUGGCAGGAGAGAUCACGACAGGACCCAGAAUUGGCGCCCUCAGUGUCAUCCGAGACCUUGGCUUGUUCGGCCUCUACAAGGGUGCUAAAGCAUGUUUAUUGCGAGACAUCCCGUUCUCAGCCAUCUUCUUUCCAGUGUAUGCCCACACCAAGGCUCAGUUUGCCGACGAGCAGGGUAGACUAGGCCCGUUACAGCUGCUAGCUUCUGGAGCCAUCGGAGGUAUCCCUGCUGCCUCCCUGGUGACACCUGCUGAUGUCAUCAAGACACGCCUGCAGGUAGCGGCGAGGGCGGGACAUACCACCUACACUGGAGUCAUGGACUGUUUCAGGAAAAUCACGCAGGAGGAGGGAUUCGGAGCACUGUGGAAGGGAGCUGGAGCUCGUAUAUGUCGAUCCUCUCCUCAGUUUGGAGUAACUCUGGUGACCUAUGAGCUUCUACAGCGGUGGUUAUAUGUGGACUUCGGAGGACAUCGUCCGGCGGGGUCUGAGCCCACUCCUAAAUCUCGUGUCUCUGAGCUUCCUCCGGUCAGUGCUGACCACGUGGGAGGCUACCGUCUGGCCGUGGCCACCUUCGCUGGCGUGGAGAACAAGUUUGGCCUGCCCAAGUUGAAGUCCUCUGGAGUGCUCGCCAUUCACCCUGACCCCUCUUCUGCCCCCCCCCCUCAAGAGGGGGCUGCCGCCCCCCUAAAGACUAGCCUCUAACUGCCUGCCACCACCACUCCACUAAGGGCUAUGCACUUAGACAGACAUGCAUACUGAUCAACACACACAUUUUGAGGGGCCAUGUACACCGAUAUGCACACACGUACAGUCCUAGGGGCCAUGUGCACAGCUAUAAACACCAACACCCCAGGGUCUAGUCUACUCUAGUGCUCUAACCCUGGUUCUGGAGACAUGACUGUAGGUCCAUUGUUGAAGCAGGCAUUAACCUGAACACUACUGUUGGAUCUCCAGUGGCUCUCCUUUUCUUUCCAUUCUGCUUUUCAUAUGAAAUCAGUGGUUUGAAAGGAGCAUUCUCUUUCUCUCUUAUGAAUAACUGAUUAUAUUUUUUUUUGGGGGGGGGGCUACUAUGAUUGGACAGUGUGUGGGAGAUAUUUGAUUGGACGGCAUGUGGAAGGCUUUACUCUGAGUGGGCCUUGCACAGGAAGUUGCUGUACAGAGAUGUGACACAGCUGGAAAGGAACAUUACUGAUGUUAGAGCAAUAUUAAUGUAACAUUGGAGAACAAUUAUGGUAAUGUUAGCGCAGCGUUUCGGUUACAGAAAUGUUGCGGUAAUGUUAAAAAGCAACAUAACUCCAACAUGAGUCAUGUUAGAUUGACGUUGGGCCUCUUGAGAAUCACUCUUACUGAUCUACAGACCUUUUCAAACUGUUUGAGAAUCAUCGGCAAAGGAUUAGGUAACUUAAAUUCAUUUGUAUUUUAUUGAAAUAAACAAUUGAUUUAAUUUCACACCUGAAAAUAUUUUAUAUCGAGGAGAAUGAACAGCAAAAAUGGCCAAGCAAAAGCUAACCAAUAGUUUUGGUGGAAAACUAGAUAAAAAGUAAUUAGAUGCACAACAUAUCUAUACAGAGUUUGGUAAACUCCAACAAAGAAUUAUAAUGGACAAUGUUGUGACAAAAGUCUUGUUGGAAUACUAACUAGAAUUUGGUACCCAACGUGGAGGAUAGUUUCAGAAGGCACUGUACAUGGAGUUUGGCAAAGUGUUCAUACCCCUUAUGUUAUAGCCUUAUUCUAAAAUUGUUAAAUAGUCACCCCACCCCCCUCAAUCUACACACAAUACCUCCAUGACAAAGCAAAAAUGAAUUUGAAUACAUUUUUGCUAAUUUAUUAAUGAAAAUAUGACAUUUACAUAAGUAUUCAGACCCUUUGUAGAAGCACCUUUGGCAGUGAUUACAGCAUCAAGUCUUUGGUAUCACGCUACAAGUUUGGCACAUCUGUAUUCGGAGUCUAUUCCAUUUUUCUCUGCAGAUCCUCUCAAGCUCUGUCAGGUUGGAUGGGGAGCACAGCUAUUUUCAGGUCUCUCCAUAGAUGCUCUGGCUGGGCCACUCAAGGACAUUCAGAGACUUGUUCCGAAGCCACUUCUACAUUGUCUUGGCUGUGUGCUUAGGGUUGUUGUCCUGUUGGUUGGUGAACCUUCGCCCCUGUCUGAGGUCCCUGAGUGCUCUGGAGCAGGUUUUCGUUAAGGAUCUCUCUGUACUUUGCUCAGUUCAUCUUUCCCUUGAUCUUCCUGUCACUGAAAAACAUCCCAACAGGAUGAUGCUGCCACCCACAUGCUUCACCGUAGGGAUGAUGCCAAGUUUCCUCCAGACAUUCCUCCAGUGCUUGGCAUUCAGGCAAAAGAGUUCAAUCUUGGUUUUAUCAGACCAGAGAAUCUGCUCCCCCCAAUUGCUCAGUUUGGCCGGGUGGCCAGCUCUAGGAAGAGUCUUGGUGGUUCCAAACAUCCAUUUAAGAAUGACGGAGGCCACUGUGUUUUUGGGGACCUUCAAUGCUGCAGACAUUUUUUUUGGUACUCUUUCCCCAGAUCUGUACCUCGAUUACAAUCCUGUCUCGGCGCUCUACGGACAAUUCCUUCGAGCUCCAUGGCUUGGUCAACCGUGGGACGUUUAUAUAGACAGGCGUGUGCCUUUCCAAAUCAUUUUCCAAUCAAUUGAAUUUACCACAGGUGGACUUCAAGUUGUAGAAGCAUCUCAAGGAUGAUAAAUGGAAACAGGAUGCACCUGAGCUCAAUUUCGAGUCUCAUAGGAAAGGGUCUGAAUACUAAUGUAAUUUAAGGUAUUUCUGUUUUAUUUUUGCAACAAUAUCUAAACCUGUUUUUGCUUGUCGCUUGCUGAGGAUAUGCAUUUAUUUAAUGUUUUAAAAUAAUGCUGUAACAAAAUGUAGAUAAAGUCAAGGGGUCUGAAUACUUUCCGGAGGCACUGUACUGUAUCUAUGGCUCUGCUUGGGUCCACAUCUUCGUAUGAGGGAAGACUUCAUUAUUCAUGCUUUCAGGAAGGAGACCGAAACUGUUUUCCUAUUAAGAGAUCUACAGGUACAUUACAUUUUCAAAGAAAAAGUAAAACUUUGGUUCAUAACUUGCCAUGAAGAAUAUUUUUAGUUAAUUUAAAAAGCCUUUUUUUUUUGUCUUGGAUAUUAGUAACGCUAUCUGCAGAAAUAUGUAAUAUGUGCAACCGAAUGUGAUAAAAUUGUUGCUAUUAAAAGCAUGGAUAAAUAAAAUUGUUGCUAAAAUCUGA